AUGCUCUCCGAUCUUCAUCGGCUGGAGGUUGAGGAAAUCAUUCCCUACGAGCUCAAGCAGCAGAAACUAGCGUCGCAGCCAGGCGGAACUGUAUCCUGA